ACCUCACCCAUCUUACUGUUUCCACCGAUUGAAGAACAAAAUACCUUCCCCGGUUACUUCCAUUUCUAUCUUUCUUCAUAAUUUGUUGAAUUCCCAUCUCCCUCGGUCUCGCAAUCUAGGUCAACCGGAAAGACUCCCGACAUCUCUCAGUGAUAUCAUUGAAUUAUUGAACUUUUUUGUAAUUGGGUUGUGAUAAAAACAUGGAAAUGAAACAUCUUUCGACAUUGUUAUCUAUGGAUUCUAGCUCAUCUUCACAUGAGGAGAUAGAGAGGGUCACAAAUCAUUUUGAGCCUCCUGAUAUUAAUGUGCCCCUUUCAGUUGUUGAACCAAUCCCUUUACCACUUUCUUGGAAUAGCACUGACGUGUUCGAUAUCGAUCUUCUUACCCAACUUUGCGAGGGUGAGACAAAUGUUAAUGUCACAAAAGCGGAGAAGAAAUGUGCCAAGAGGAUUGAUAGUUUCUGGGGUGCUUGGUUCUUCUUCAAUUUCUACUUCAAACCUGUUUUAAAAGAGAAAUCAAAGAGCAAAUUAAAUUUAGAAGGUAAACCGGACUUGAAUCUUGAUGUUUUUCUUGUCCAACACGAUAUGGAGAACAUGUACAUGUGGGUUUUUAAGGAGAGACCUGAAAACGCGUUGGGUAAGAUGCAACUGAGGAGUUUUAUGAAUGGUCAUUCAAGGCAAGGAGAACGCCCAUUUCCAUUUCCAGUAGAGAAAGGUUUUAUAAGGUCUCACAGAAUGCAGAGAAAACAUUAUAAGGGUUUGUCUAAUCCUCAGUGUCUUCAUGGCAUCCGAUUAGUUCUCUGCCCUAACCUCAUCAAUGUUGAAGAAGAUGACAUAAAUAAGUGGUUAGAGCUCACCGGUAGAGAUUUAAACUUCUCUGUACCAUCUGAAGCAAUCGAAUUUUGUUUGUGGAGGAACAACCUUCCUAGCAUUGAGUUUGAACUUGACCACACUUCAAAGAGAAACAACACUAACUUGAAUUUAUCUACUCAUUCGCCAAACCACAAUAAACGUCAAAGAAAUCAUCUCAAUGGUGGUUUCGAUAUCCAUCAAAACGAGCCGAAUUGGUUUAAAGAUUUUACAGGAGUGAUGAGAAACGCGGAUGGACCAGUAACGGCUGCCAAAACAAUAUAUGAGGACGAAAAAGGUUUUCUAAUCAUUGUUAGCUUGCCUUUCAUAGAUCUUCAAAAGGUUAAGGUUACUUGGAAGAACACAAUCUCACAUGGGAUCGUAAAAGUGUCUUGUUUGAGUUCUGGUUGUGUUCCGAUAGUUAAGAGACAAAAUAGGACAUUUAAACUUACAGAUCCAAUGCCGGAGCAAUGUCCUCAAGGUGAAUUUGUUCGAGAAAUUCCACUUUCAAUGCGAAUACCGGAGGAAGCCAAACUUGAAGCUUACUGCGAUCAGACAGGAAAAAUACUAGAAAUUAUGGUGCCCAAACAAAAGGUUGGGCUUGAAGAGCAUGAGGUGACUGUUUGCGUCCGCCCUUCAUUGACAGAAUAGUGAAACGGAAUGCACAUGAUGGUAAG